GGAGACCUUUAAGCUUUUCCAGGGUGAUUCUCCUCCGUAUCUGGUAACCUUUGCUCAGACGGGAUGCCACAUUAAGACCUCACACCCUUAACUGAGUCGACUCAGUGUCUCUCUCAUCGUUCUGCUACUAACAGCGGACUUUGUCCUUCUCCUUUAUGAGGAAGUCUUGGCUGUACGUCGUUGACUGAAGUACAGGAUUCAAAUAUGAGUUGUAUUUGUUCUAAGGGGUGAAUAACUCAACAGCAUUCAUCUACCAGACAUCAACGGUGUGUUCGGUCAGUGCUGACGAUGUCCAGGAGUAACAGUCUCCUUGGCAACGACACCAGCAGCUACGCAGGAUCAAUCGAGUCCAAUGGCUUCUCCGCUACGGAUGAGGUGUCAUCACAGGUGUCAAGUAUGUCGAGGCCGAGCGCUAAAUCAAUUUACAUGCAAAGGAGGGACUACGCAGUAUCAGUAAACAAGAUGAUGGACAAACUUCAGUACAGAGUGGAGCACUUGUUCACGUGUGACCUGGAUGAGAAGGAGUUGAGGAGCGUGGCGGACUGUGUGGAGCGGCUGAAGGUGGUGGACGGGAUGGGUCAUGUGUGGGGUCAGAACAUGCGGCUGGAGGUGCGCGGUGCCAACCUGCUGCUCACAGACAUUGAAACUAAGGAGGAGCUGGAGUCCAUGGCGUUCGGUGACGUCCUGGAGCUGAAAGCUGUUCUGGAUGCUGGAGCGUUUAACUCCCUGCUCACAGUGUCAGUCCGGCCCGGAGGAAAACACACCACCACUGUCUUCAUGUUUCAGUGUGAGGAUGUCAGGGCUGACUUGGUUCAAAAGGAUCUCUCAGCAGCAUUGUCACGCAGGAGAGAUGAUUCAGGCAUCAGCAGCAAUGCAGGACCAAUAGCAAGACAUCAGGGAAUGGAAAACCUUCAUAACGCUGCACAAUCAUCUGAACCUGAAGAGCAGAAGCCUGCAGUUGACCCAGAGCCCCGGUGGAUGGCUCCUGACUACGAGGAGGAUGACGUCCCUGAGCCUGAACUGGUUGUACCUCAGGAGGAGGAGGAGAAGGAGGAGGAAGAGGAGAAGGAGGAGGAGGAGGAGGAGGCCCCAUCUCCAAGAGAGGAGGUUCCUUCACCGCAGCCGUCCACCACCGAAGAAGAACCUCUGUCUCCCCCACGCCGAUACACAGAGCUGGACAGGAAUAUAGAUAUCUUGAAUCAUAUUUUAAGUGACAUAGAAAUCUUCAUGGGAAAAGUAGCUGCAGUCGUGGCUAAAAACGCAAAGAAAAAGAAGAAAAAGAAGAAAGGAAAAGCCAUGGACGGUAUGCCCCCUGUAGCGGAAUUUGAAGUGUGCCUCCAUAACAUCAAAUGUGGUUUCAACCUGGUGGGGGAGCUCGAUGGACAGAUUAAUAAUCCAGACGCACCUGAAUUUGUUCACUCCUUAUUCUCCACAUUAGCAUUUGUGGCAUCUCACUGUCCUGAGGAUCUGCCAAAGACCAUCGUGGCGCCACUGCUGACGCCUCAGUGUAUCCGUCUCCUCAGUGAAGAAGCCAACGCAGAAGAGGACCAGCUGUGGCAGUCUCUGGGAGACGCCUGGAACAUCCCCAGUACUAAAUGGCCAGAUGACGACGAGGACAUCCCAACAUACGAUCUGCAGUUCCUUGAUGGCUGGCAGCCCCCUGAGGUGACGGCAGCACCUGAACCCAGUGAACCUAUGAGGAGACAGGAAGAGCGUCAACAACCUGCAGCUAGUGAACCUAUGAGGAGACAGGAAGAGCGUCAACAACCUGCACCCAGUGAACCUAUGAGGAGGCAGGAAGAGCAUCCAAAACCUGCACUCAGUGAACCUCUGAGGAGACAGGAAGAGCGUCAACAACCUGCACCCAGCCAGGCUGCAGCCAAGUGGACACCACCAGCUAAAACCCCACAAAAAACACGCCCAGGUGAGUCAAAACCACGUCACAUGCAGGUUACGUGUGACUUCAUCUCAAGAAACCAACGAGAGCUCAGCGUCACAAAAGGAGAAAUAGUUGAGCUGCUGGACGUGUCGAAGCUUUGGUGGAAAGUGAGGAACAGCAGAGGGGACGAGGGCUUUGUACCCAAUAAUGUCCUGGAGGCUGAUGACCAGCAACCUGUCGAGCAGAAUGGAGGUGCUCCUGUCCUCACAAAGAAGUCCAAGCCUGCAGAAGUGAAAGCCUGGCUGGAAGACAAGAGCUUUAGUAAAAUCACUGUACGCUGUCUGGGCGGGCUGAGCGGCGCUAUGCUGCUGGGGAUGACCAGAGAGGAACUGAAGGCCGUGUGUCUGGAGGAAGGGGGGCGAGUCUUCUUCCAGUUACAAGCGGUCAAGUCCGCCAUGGCCGUCGCCAUUUAAAAAAAAAAAAAGACCAACAAGAGAACGUCGAAGGAGAAUAAGAAAUCAUCACGGACCAAAACAAGUCACCAAAUAUACUGUAAGCUUUCAGAGAAUAUUGAGCAAUAAUAAGUGUGAUCAGGUUUACAGCUUGUUUGGCAUUAUAUAUUAUCCUCCAAAACCUUGUAUCGAAUAAUAUAAAUGUCAUUUUAAAAUGUAUAUUUGUCAAGUAUCAUUCAAAAAUGUAAUCAAAUCAGUCGGCACAUUAUUAGAUCAAGUGUAUUUAGAAAAUGUAUCCAGCAAUACUAUGCUAACGGUGUAUAGAAAGACAUUUAACAAAGUGUUGGGUCUAAAUUAUGUAACACAAAAGUGAUAAAAUAAACUGUAAAUAAAAGUUAUUCAAGACAAAGUUUUAGUGAAUAAACAUGCUUUAUUUCAUUGUUCAGACAUUGCACAUGAACCUUAUCAGAAGCAUCUGUUAAACACUGGCAAUCCAUUCCAGGCAAUAAUAUGGCUAUAGAUCAAUGGACAUGAAAUCAGGUAGAAAUAAAAAAUUCAAAAAGUGACUAGAUUGUGUAAAAACAAAUAUACUUUAUGAGAAAUAUAUAUAUAUAUAUAGUGUGAGCAUCAGAAUACUUAGUAUGUCAUAAUUAAUGCACGGUGAAGUUAGUACAUAGAAAUAAAGUAAUGUGAACUAUAAAUCUGUGAAUACAGUAAAGCAUAUAUUUGAAUAA